GUCGUGUUCUUGCCAAUCCAAUCCAACCCAAUCCAAUCCAACCCAAUCCAAUAAUUGAAAUAUAUAAUAAAUUAUUUUAUUUUUCAGUCGACAUAUUAAUUUUUUUUUUAAAAAAGAUUGAUUAUCUGUUUUCGUCUCGCUUGUGCGUUUGCCACCACAACGUUGUCUUCUCGGGUUAAUUCUUCUUCUUCUUCUUCUUCUUCUUCGUCUUCUCUUCCUCUUCUGGUUUUACUCAUUUCUCUUUGAUUGGGUUUAAGUUUUACCAUAAUGGCUUCCAAUCCAGAGAAAAUUCCGCCUCCUUCAGAUGAGAAAACCGAAUCGACGGAGGAGAAUAAGAGUGCUCCUACACCUGAAUCAGCCUCCGGGAGCUCACCUUCACCAGCAAAUCCUGGCCUGAAUUUCAAUGCUUUCGAUUUCUCAAACCUAGCUGGUAUCCUCAACGAUCCGAACAUCAAAGAAUUGGCUGAGCAGAUAGCUAAAGAUCCUGCGUUUAACCAAUUGGCUGAGCAGCUUCAGAGAUCCAUUCCAAACGCAGCUCAGGAAGGAGGAGGAGGUUUCCCUAACAUUGAUCCAGAACAGUAUGUCAGCACAAUGCAACAGGUUAUGCAUAACCCCGAGUUUCAGACAAUGGCGCAGCGACUUGGUAACGCCUUGGUGCAGGAUCCACAAAUGUCUCCCUUUUUGGAUGCUUUCUCGAACCCUGAAACAGCGGAGCACUUUGCUGAGCGUAUGGCUCGGUUGAAAGAAGAUCCAGAGUUGAAACCUAUACUAGAUGAGAUAGAUGCUGGUGGUCCUUCUGCCAUGAUGAAGUACUGGAAUGAUAAAGAUGUGUUGAAAAAGCUUGGUGAAGCAAUGGGUAUGCCUGUUGUUGUGCCAGAGCAGGCUGCUUCAGCUGAACCCGAAGUAGCAGAAGAAGGUGAAGAAGAAGAAGAGUCUGUUGUUCAUCAAACUGCCAGUCUUGGUGAUGUUGAGGGUUUAAAAAAGGCUUUGGAAUCUGGUGGUAACAAAGAUGAAGAAGAUUCUGAGGGAAGGACAGCAUUGCAUUUCGCUUGUGGAUACGGGGAGUUAAAAUGUGCCCAAGUUCUUAUCGAUGCUGGAGCAAGUGUUAAUGCUGUUGACAAAAACAAGAACACACCUCUGCAUUACGCUGCUGGUUACGGGAGGAAAGAGUGUGUAGGCCUUCUCCUGGAGAAUGGUGCUGCAGUCACUCUGCAAAACCUAGACAAGAAGACACCCAUUGAUGUGGCGAAGCUCAACAACCAGCUCGAGGUGGUGAAGCUGCUUGAGAAGGAUGUAUUCCUCUGAAAAAAGAAGGUCCUAAGAUCAAAUUGUCUUUGAGGGAUUUGUCUUUGGUGUGUCCUGAACCAAUUUCACAGACUUUUGUAUACUUUUUUUUCUUAUUUACAAUUUGUGUUUGAUUAGUUUCUCUCUCUCUCGUUCUACAUUUUCUAGAAUCAUUUGGGUAUCGAAGACCAAUUACUUCAGAUUAAAGUGAUUCUAUUCUUGUGUUGUGACUGUUGUCCCAAUUUCUCGACGUCCUCCCCAAGCUUUAUAUAAUUUAUAUGCAAGCUUAAAUAUUAAAACCCGAGAAAGACAUCUCAUUUUUACGAUAAAAUACUUUAAUUAUUCAAAGGUAAAAAAUCAUUAAAAUCAAAAGGUCUCUCGUUGUCUCUUCGUGUAUUCGUUCCCAAUGAGUUGUUUGAAUCGUUCAAGGUUUUUAAAGAGUUUGAUAAGCAGAGCACGAAGCGUUGCGCGGCUUGGGUCCACUAUCUCCCAGCCGCAGCCGCCGUCUCUAGCCUCCGCGUUUUCUUCAUCCGCCGUCAUGAACGGCCUUGAAACUCACAACACCAGGCUCUGCAUAGUCGGUAGUGGCCCGGCGGCUCACACGGCGGCUAUUUACGCGGCUAGGGCGGAGCUUAAGCCCCUUCUCUUCGAAGGAUGGAUGGCUAACGACAUCGCUCCCGGCGGCCAGUUAACAACCACCACCGACGUCGAGAAUUUCCCUGGGUUUCCCGAAGGUAUCCUCGGCGCGGAGCUCACGGACAAAUUCCGGAAGCAGUCGGAGCGAUUCGGUACCACGAUCUUCACGGAGACGGUGACCAAGGUCGAUUUCUCGUCGAAACCGUUUAAGCUGUUCACAGACUCCAGAGCCGUUCUCGCCGACGCCGUGAUCCUCGCUACGGGAGCCGUGGCCAGGCGGCUUAGCUUCGCUGGAUCUGGUGAAGGCUCGGGAGGUUUCUGGAACCGUGGAAUCUCCGCUUGUGCUGUCUGCGACGGAGCCGCCCCGAUUUUCCGUGACAAACCUCUUGCGGUUAUCGGCGGAGGCGAUUCGGCAAUGGAAGAGGCGAAUUUCCUCACCAAAUACGGAUCGAAAGUGCAUAUAAUACACAGGAGAGACGCUUUCAGGGCGUCUAAAAUUAUGCAGCAGCGAGCUCUGUCAAACCCUAAGAUCGACGUGAUUUGGAACUCGACGGUCGUGGAGGCUUACGGAGACGGAGAGAAAGGCGUUCUCGGGGGGUUGAAGGUGAAGAAUGUGGUUACUGGAGAGGUUUCCGAUUUGAAAGUUUCUGGAUUGUUCUUUGCCAUUGGUCAUGAGCCAGCAACCAAGUUUCUGGAUGGUGCGGUUAAGCUAGAUUCUGAUGGUUAUGUGGUGACGAAGCCCGGCACUACACAGACUAGCGUUGCCGGAGUUUUUGCCGCCGGCGAUGUACAGGACAAGAAAUAUAGGCAGGCGAUCACAGCUGCAGGAACUGAGAGAGCAUUAGUGGUCAUUUCAGCUCGUUUGAUUGAGUGUGUAGGAUGCAUGGCAGCUUUGGAUGCGGAGCAUUACUUACAGGAGAUUGGAUCUCAGCAAGGCAAGAGUGAUUGA